AGGAGGGUACUUAAGGCACGGCCACCGGGGCUGCGGCAGUGCGCCCAACAGCGGACUCCGAGACCCUCAGACCUCGGCGAACCCUCGCUCGACUCGACCACCCACUCUCGGAACCAUGGCCGCAGUGGCAGCAGCUUCGGCAGAACUGCUCAUCAUUGGCUGGUACAUCUUCCGCGUGCUGCUGCAGACCCUGUCCCCAGUGCGCCCGCGCCCGGCCGGGAACAAAGACUCAGGGGUGCGGCGGUCGCCCGCUGCGGACGAUCCCGACCUACGCGGUGUUCAGGUACUCCCUGCAGAAGCUGGCGCACACGGUGUCCCGGACCGGGCGGCAGGUGAUGGGGGAGCGCAGGCGAGCCCCCAACUGAGGCCCCAAAUCCCAGCCCUGGGCGGCCGUGUCAUCAGGUGCUCCUGUGCUUCUCGACCCGCACGGGAGCCAGUGCCGCGCAGGAAUGGGGGGUCUCCUGUGCUCCCUCGUCAAAGGAGCACCUGCCAAGGUCAGUGAGGGGCCGGUAGGCCCCCGGAGAAGCAGCACCGACAAUGAUGAAAAUAUCAGUUCCCUUCCCAGCCCCUUUGCCCGUCCCACCACUGGCGGGUGGGAGAGGCGGGGGAAGAGGGGAGCAAACCCUCGAGAUCUGGGCGUAGGCACCACAUUCUGAUCUGGACUAAGUCGGAACAGCACCAUCUCAGCCACAGAAGAGAUCUGAACACAGAGACCCAACACCCCACCAACCAGCAGAAUGGACAUUCUGACAUCACCAGCUGAAGCCCUGGAUCUCAGUGCAGAAGAGAAAACAUCAACUGCGUGCCCAUGGCGGGACUGGAGGGCGUGGAUGAGGAAGAGAGUUCAGAAAUUCAGUGGGCCCUCUCGCUGUCCCUUGCCUAUGGCACGCACAUUUCUGCCUUGCUCCCUCAUUCCCCUUCCUUCCAAACACCUCCCCAAAAUGUGUCACUUGUUUCGGACCCAUUUAAACAGUAACUGAAUCCCACCUUCACCAAAAUGCCUUCUCCGACCCCCGGGCCUUCACUGAUCUUGCUAUCCCUGAUCUCACGCAGCAGUUGUGAUUAAUAUUGUGGUAGUCGCUAAUUGUACUGGUUUAAGUGUGCAUUAGUUGUGUCUCCCCAGCUAGACUGUAAGCUCCUGGAGAUCAGGGACCACCCUCCCCAAAAAAUAAAAAAUGGACUUCUCCUGUCUUGUAAAGUCCUAGGACUGUGCAGGGCAGUGGGGGUGCACCAAAAAG